UAAUCAGUGCUGUGUUGUGGUUGAGGAGCUGUUCGGAACACAAGCCGGUUAGAUGUUGAUUCUGUGAGUUUAUAAGCUUUUUACUGUGUGGAAAAGGAAUUGUAAAGUAGCACAACUAUCUGGAGAAGCAUUAUAGGAAACAUCAGAGUUUGCGUUUUCGAGUCAACGGCAAGCCACUUCCGCCGUCGCCAUGGCAGUCGCCUUCAUCACUCGGACCGGAGCGUUUGUGGGACUUGGACGUAGUAAAUCGUCGUUUUCUGCUGGUGUUUCUGGAGGUUCUCUGCUAGUGCAGCAAGUGUGUAAUUACGCCAAAAAAGCCAUGGGUUUGCCGCGUUGCUUUUUCGACCUAACUGCCGACAAUGCCCCGCUGGGACGGGUCGUUAUCGAGCUGCGCACAGAUGUAACUCCAAAGACAUGCGAAAACUUCCGUGCUCUCUGCACCGGAGAGAAGGGCUUCGGCUACAAGAAUUCCACCUUCCACCGUGUGAUUCCGAACUUCAUGUGCCAGGGUGGCGAUUUCCAGAACCACAACGGCACCGGAGGCAAGUCCAUCUACGGCAACAAGUUCGAGGAUGAGAACUUCAUCCUGCGGCACACCGGUCCCGGUAUCAUGUCCAUGGCCAACGCCGGACCCAAUACCAACGGAUCCCAGUUCUUCAUCACCACCGUGAAGACGUCCUGGCUCGAUGACCGCCACGUGGUCUUCGGCAGCGUCGUCGAAGGCAUGGAUGUCAUCCGGAAGGUCGAAUCCUUCGGCAACCAGUCCGGCAAGACCUCGAAGCAAAUCGUCGUUGCCAACUGUGGUCAACUGUAAAUUUUUACCUUCAUAAAGUCAUAAUACAUUAUUCUUUCGUUUUUUUCCUUUAAAAUUAACUCAAUUAGCUUCUUAUUUCUGUUCCCUAAUUGUUUAACAUUCUCACAUUAUUCGGAAUUGUAUUACACACAACUUCACACGAAGAUGAAGGAAAGACAACCAAGUCGAAGAAUGCCACAAAACUGUACAAUCUAAUGCAUUUUUUUUUGUUUCACUGAGCCCGAGCUAAAAUAACAAUCGAAUAAGAUAAAUUGUAAUCGUCAGCUUAAACAACGUUCCAAAAAUAAACCCAUUGUGGCCGCGGAAUGUAGGAACACUAUCGCGGUUUCUACUUUUAUAGCAACUGAAAAACCAACCAGCCAGAGUGUGUUUACCUCUCCUAACCUUUCCCCAAUUGUAACAAUUGAUGGUUGAUAGAAGAACCAAGCCCAUGGAUAAAAUGCGGAACAACCUUUCGCUACUAAAUUGCACACGCAAGAUGUAUUGACCUCAUCUUCGUUGGUCUGAUCGAGCGCGCGGUAAAAUUUUAGACUGGUCCUUUGAGAAUGAAUUCUAAUAUUUUUUACUCAAUCGUGUGAAACUAUUAUUGAUCUAUAGAAUCUAAAUGGUAAAGAUUUAGCAAUAAAGAGUCAAACAAAACUA